AUGGACGACAUGCAGGCUCUUGUGUUCGACAACGGAUCCGGCACGGUGAAGGCCGGAGCUGCUGGAGAUGAUAAGCCGCGUGCAGUGUUUCCCACCGUUGUUGGUCUUCCUCGCCAUGAAGGAGUGGCGCUGAUGGGGGGUGAUAAGGAUGCUUACGUUGGUGAUGAAGCCGUGGCCCAGCGUGGAUUGUUGACGCUGAAGUAUUCUAUCGAGCAUGGUUUUGUGACGAGCUGGGACGACAUGGAAAAGGUUUGGAACCACACCUUCUACAAUGAGCUUCAUGUCCAACCAGAGGAGCAUCCGGUGCUUUUGACUGAAGCUCCUCUGAAUCCCAAUUCAAAUCGCGAGAAGAUGACGCAGAUUAUGUUCGAGACUUUCAGCGUGCCGGCGAUGUAUGUCGCCAUUCGGGCCGUGCUCUCCCUAUACGCCAGUGGUCAUACCACUGGCAUUGUUCUGGACUCCGGUUAUGGUGUGUCCCACGCUGUCCCCAUCCACGAGGGUUACGCUCUGCCGGACGCGACUCUCAGUUUGGAUCUUGCCGGAGAUGAUUUGACGCUGUACCUGCUUAAGAUGUUGAGUGAUAGGGGAUACUCCUUCUCCACAUCCGCCGGGAAGGACAUUGUGAGGAAUAUCAAGGAGAGGCUCGCUUACGUUGCUAUUGAUUUCGAGCAGGAGAUGGGGACUGUAGAGGCCUCGUCUACUUUGGAGCAGAGUUAUGAGCUUCCUGAUGGCGAGGUUAUUACUGUCGGUUCUGAGCGAUUUAGGUGCCCAGAAGCGCUCUUCAACCCGUCGCUAGCUGGCAAGGAAGGCUCGGGUAUCCAUGAGAUGUGCUACAACAGCAUCAUCAAGUGUGAUGAAGGUAUCAGGCAGGAUCUGUACAGCAACAUUGUUCUCAGCGGCGGUACCACUUUGAUCCCUGGAAUCGCUGAGCGCGUGACCAAGGAAGUGACUCAGCUGGCUCCAGCCAACUACAUUAAGGUGGUUGCUCCACCUGAACGGAAGUACAGUGCCUGGAUUGGUGGAUCCAUGUAUGCGGCUCUGAGCACCUUCAAGCAGAUGUGUAUUACGAAGAGCGAGUAUGAGGAGGUUGGUCCAUCCAUUGUUAACACGAAGUGCUCCAAGUUGUGUACUUAG